CCCUCUCUCUUUGAUUGCAAAAAAAAUUAUCAGAAUUGGGUCACUUCACUUGUGAGGAAGAAGAACACAAGGCCUCAAAAACCCUAACUCGACGACGUCGUUCGAGUGCACCACCAUGGAAGGCGAGAAUGAAGCUUCGGCACAGAUGAUCGACGAGAUAUAUUCCAACGGCGGUGACGAUUCCCGGCGUCACAGACCAAUCAUCAACGGCGAGCAACUCGACAUCGAGGCCUACGCCGCUCUCUACAGCGGCCGAACAAAGAUUUCGCGGCUCCUCUUCAUCGCCAACCGAUGCGACAACGUUUCGAUGCAGUUGGAAGCUCUACGAAUGGCUUACGACGAAGUUAAGAAAGGCGAGAACACACAAUUGUUUCGAGAAGUUGUUCAGAAGAUCGAUGGGAGGUUGGGGCAGAGUUAUGGAAAUGAUUCGGCUUGGAUUGAGGCGGUUGAGCGGAGGGCUGAGCAGAAGAAAGAGAAGCUCGAGACUGAACUCAAUGCUUAUCGGACAAAUUUGAUAAAAGAAAGCAUUAGAAUGGGAUACAAUGAUUUUGGAGAUUUUUACUAUACUCACGGUGCACUUGGAGAUGCAUUCAAGAAUUACGUUCGUACUCGUGAUUAUUGUACAACAUCAAAGCACAUAAUUCAUAUGUGUUUAAACGCUAUUUUGGUCAGCAUCGAGAUGGGUCAGUUCAUACAUGUUUCAAGCUAUGUUGGAAAAGCAGAGCAAAAUUCCGAAGCCUUGGAACCUAUUACAGUUGCAAAACUACGUGCUGCUGCAGGAUUGGCCUUAUUGGAAGCUAAAAAGUACAAACUAGCCGCUCGAAAGUUCUUGGAAACGGGUCAUGAAUUAGGGAACAACUACACAGAAGUGAUUGCACCCCAAGACAUUGCAACAUACGGUGGGCUUUGUGCACUUGCAAGUUUCGACCGGGCAGAGCUGAAGAGCAAAGUUAUAGACAAUCUCAGCUUCCGGAAUUUUUUAGAGUUAGUACCUGAAGUGAGGGAGCUUAUUCACGAUUUCUAUUCAAGCCAUUAUGCCUCGUGUCUGGAUUACCUUGGAAAUCUCAAAGCAAACCUUCUGCUUGAUAUCCAUUUGCAUGACCAUGUUGAGAUGCUGUAUGAUGAAAUCCGUCACAAAGCCCUCAUCCAGUAUACUCACCCGUUUGUGUCUGUUGAUCUUGGGAUGAUGGCCAAUGCUUUCAAAACAAGUGUUGCAGGGCUUGAGAAGGAGCUUGAAGCUCUAAUUACUGACAACCAAAUACAGGCACGUAUUGACUCCCAUAACAAAAUUCUCUAUGCACGACAUGCAGAUCAGCGGAAUGCCACUUUCCAGCGGGUUUUACAGACUGGCAAUGAAUUUGAUCGGGAUGUUAGGGCCAUGCUGCUGAGAGCGAGUCUUAUCAAGCACGAUUAUAACCUCAGGUCAUCAAGGAAACUUUAAAUUUGGUGCCGAGGAAAACUAAAAUCACUAUGCUUGUUUGAUUAGGUUGGACUAGGAGAAUCUGUGUGGUCAUUUGAGCAAUGAAAUUUUCUGGGAAAGGAAAGGGAAAAAGAAAGAAAUUGGCUCCACAUGCUGGUUCUUCUUGGCCUUUUCGAUUAGGUUGUGAUUGUUUAUAUACUCGUAUUGAUCACAAAAGUUGUAUAUUUCCUUAUGUUUCCCGAUGUUAAUUAUUUUGUUUAGUGCUAUGUUAUUGAAAAUGUUUCAAACUGGGAUUACCAAUUGAAUAUGUAAAUCAAAAUUUGAUUGUGGUUGUUUGAGGUGAAUGUGAAGAUUAUAAUGCAGAAAUUGUUCA